GAGGUGGAGAGUCAGAGAACCGCCGACAGGGGAGAGCACGCCAAGCAAAUGGCACUUUUGUCCAACGAGUGUCAGAAGAAGAUGGAUGAGCUCUCGGCGCACAACACAAGGAUCCUGGACAAGGUCGUCAAAGAGCGUCAGUUCGCGGAGGACAAGAGUGAGAACCACCUCAAGCUUUACGAAGCAACCAGGGCAGAGUUAACGAAGGAGAAGGAGCACCGCGAGUAUGAGCGUCAGAAGCGCCACCGCCUGCAGAAAGAGUUGGAGGAUCUUAAAGCGGCAAAGAUGCCAAAAACCAAUGCCAAGUAA